UAACAGGUUGGGUUCGGUUUUUCAGUAUUAGUAGAGACCAGUUGGUGUUGGUCAUGGUGUGUUGGUGACUUUCUAUCAGAGCAGAUCACAGUGGCUAGCACGUGUUUACCCAAAUUGGUUAUUAAAUAGAAAAGAAAGAACGAUGGACGCAUAUGAAUUGUUCCAAAAACUUUCUAGUGGUGUGAAAUUUGACAAAAGGCGUUUCCAUGCAGAGGCAGAAAGAUUUCAGCUUGUCAAAAAACAGAUUAAAGAUGUGUCCAAGAACGAAGAAAAAACUACAAAAUCGUCCAAUGACACAAAUUGUUCAACUUUAACCUCAAAAAGAAAGUACGACAAAAUUGAUAACGAUAUAGAAAGCACAGAUGAGUUAAUAUUGCUUGACGGAAUAUCUAUUCCUAAAGAUGGAAGGAAAGAAAGAUCUAAAAAGCAUAAAGGAUCUUUAAACGAAGAAAAACAACUAAAGCUGAAACAAGAAAAGAUUAAUCAGUUUCGUAAUCAACACUGCAUAAGCGUGACAGGUAGUCGUGUGCCAGAACCUAUAUCAAACUUUAUGGAUCUAUCAACGAUGUAUCAUGUAUCCGAAAGAUUAAUAAACAAUGUUAUGAAUUGUGGUUACGUAAAUCCUACGCCGAUUCAAAUGCAAGCCAUGCCUGUUAUGUUGCAAGGUAGACAAAUAUUAGCUUGUGCUCCGACUGGAUCUGGUAAAACAGCUGCCUUUUUGUUGCCAAUAAUUCAUUGUUUAGGCGGAGCACAAAGAAAAGGAUUCAGAGCUAUUAUUCUAAGUCCUACAAGAGAAUUAGCUAAACAAACGUAUAGAGAAUGCGUACGUCUUAGCGAAGGUUAUAAUUUUAGAGUUCAUAUCAUAAGUAAAAUCAAUCAAGCAUUGAACAAAUACGGACCUAAAAGUUCACAAAAAUUCGAUAUAUUAAUUACUACGCCAAAGAGAAUAAUAUUUCUUUUAAAUCAGGAUCCACCAGCUGUGUCGUUGAGCAACGUCGAAUGGCUAAUCGUAGACGAGGCGGAUAAACUUUUCGAAGAUGGAACAAGGUGCUUCAGAGAUCAAUUGAAAACGAUCACAAAAUCAUGUACAAAUGAAAGUUUAUGCACGGCAAUGUUUAGCGCAACUAAUACUCCUAUAGUGACAAGAUGGUGUCGACAUAAUUUGAAGAGUCUCGUAACGGUUACCGUUGGCCACAGAAAUGCUGCAACCAAUAUGGUAGAACAGGAACUUUUAUUUGUUGGAACGGAAAGAGGAAAACUCGUAGCUCUUCGAAAUAUUAUUCAGAAGGGAGUAUUACCACCUGUACUAGUGUUUGUACAAAGUAAAGAAAGAGCGCAAGAAUUGUUUAACGAACUUAUAUACGAUGGAAUUAACGUCGAUGUUAUUCAUGCCGAUAGAACGCAAACACAGCGAGACAAUGUUGUUCGCUGCUUUAGAGAAGGAAAGAUAUGGGUUUUGAUAUGUACAGAAUUAAUGGCAAGAGGUAUCGAUUUUAAAGGUGUAAAUCUUGUCGUUAAUUAUGAUUUUCCACCAUCUGCUAUUUCUUACGUUCAUAGAAUUGGUCGUACUGGCAGAGCUGGACAUAGAGGAAAAGCAAUUACUUUUUUCACCGAGCAAGAUACUACAAAUUUGAGGAGCAUAGCUGCUGUAAUGCGAGAGUCUGGAUGCAAUGUUCCGGAGUACAUGUUAGCCAUGAAAAAACAUACGAAAAAGGAAAGACGAAAACUUGAACGUAAAGCUCCUACCAGAGAAACAAUAUCUACUAUACCAAAAUUUAAACGUACACACAACAAAGGAAGACAGAGAAAGCACGUUGAAAACACUUUUGAUAGUAAUUGAAAAGACAAUAGAUAGAUAGUGAAAAUCAUGGAAUAAUUAUCAUCCAGAAACUGUUUGGCGAUUCGUCGAACGAUAAUGUAAUACGGUAGUGUUAUAACGACCUGCACAAGAAAGCUCGGAUUCAAAGUUUCUACUGUCCAAAUUGCAGCAAAGAACAGCAUCGCCCUCGGGAUUAUUAGGGGCAAGAAUGAUCUUUUUGC